AUGUUACAGGCAAACGAAACCACAGCUUCGGUUGUAACAGAGUUUUUCAUCGUGGGAUUCCCUGGACUCCAGCCCAAAUACUACAGCCUGAUGGCAGCGUUUUUGCUCUGCAUCUACAUCGCUGUAAUCACCGGAAACUCCCUCAUUGUGGUCCUGUUUGUGAUUGAGCGCAGCCUCCAAAAGCCCAUGUACAUUAUCAUGCUGAGUUUAUCCUUGUCUGAUAUUGGUUUUUGCACAGUUGCUCUGCCAAAAGUCAUUUCUCGCUAUUGGUUUAAUGAUGGUUAUAUUGGCUUCUACGUUUGUCUGUUUCAAAGGCAGCUGAUUCACUAUUUUGGUACCCUGAACUCUCUUAUUAUGAUGAUCAUGGCACUAGAUCGGUACUUGGCGAUCUGUUACCCGCUAAGAUACCCUGUUUUAAUGACUAACCGCACUAUGAGGCUUCUAAUAGGGUUUUCCUGGGUUACUGCGAUGAUUGCUCCAACCAUUAGCUUAAUGCAGACAAUGAAGCUCCCAUUCUGUGGGCCAAACACGAUCAUUCAUUGCUUCUGUGAUUCUCUAUCUAUGAACCAGCUGGCCUGUGCUGAUGCCACCCUCACAAAUCUCAUUUCAUAUGCUGUAGCAAUGUUUGUGCUUCUUGUGCCAUUGUCUUUCAUCAUAUUUUCCUAUUUAAGUAUCCUGGUGUCUGUACUUCGAAUUGCAAACACACAGGGCCGAAUGAAAGCCUUUUCUACCUGUGCAACACAGCUGACUAUCAUUGCCAUCUAUUAUGUGCCCCGUUUUGUGGUUUACACCACUUCUAACAUCCCAAACACUCAGGCGCAGAUGAACAGCAGUCAGAAGAUCGCCCUGGUCAUGUUCUACAGUCUGCUUCCACCUGUAGUGAACCCCUUCAUCUACUGCAUCAGGAUCAAAGAAAUCAGACAGUUCUUUAUCAAAUGGUGUUGCUUGGUACUCGCCGCUUAA